AUGCCGGGCGUGGCCCAAGGCCUCGCCGGACGGCUCACGGCGGGGUCGGGGGUGGAGGGCUGGGACGCGGGCAGUGCGGGGUCGUGGGCAGCCUGGGGGCGCCGAAGCAGGCCAGGUCCACCUCGGUGCCCGCUCUCUGGGAACCCUUGCCACACCCGGGCAAAGGGGACCCAGCGACGGAGGAGGGAGCCGAGCGGGAGACCCACAGGGGAGCCCGGCAGCGCCCACCGUUUCCGCCGUGGGCGCCUUUGUCCUCCCGACCCGUUGCCGGAGCUCCCGGGCUGCCUCCGGGGGGGCCCUUCCUCGCCACACCUGCCGCCUUACUCAGCCCCCUGUAAUCCCACUGUGUCCCCUGCGUCACGGUGGGCACUGCGGGGGUCUCUUUCCUCUGCCGUUCGAAGGAGCGAGCGAGGCACGGACGCUCGCGGGAGUGGAUCUGUGGGCCGAGCGCCGAGGGAAACCGCGGGGCCCCUUCUCCGGCGCGACUCGGGCUUCGGGGUGGCGCAGGGAGCGUGGCGCCCCGGGCACGUGGGCCGCGCCCCCGGAGCUGCCCCUGCAGCGACCCCUGCCCUGUCCACGCCGGCUUCUCACCCGCCCGCUCUCUGCUCCUUUCCCCCAGUGUGUCCCGGCAUGGACAUUCGGAACAACCUCACGAGACUCCACGAGCUGGCGAACUGCUCCGUCAUCGAGGGCCACCUGCAGAUACUGCUGAUGUUCAAGACGAGGCCCGAGGACUUCCGGGACCUCAGCUUCCCCAAGCUCACCAUGAUCACCGACUACCUGCUGCUCUUCCGGGUCUACGGGCUGGAGAGCCUCAAGGACCUGUUCCCCAACCUCACGGUCAUCCGGGGCUCGCGCCUCUUCUUCAACUACGCGCUGGUUGUCUUCGAGAUGGUCCACCUCAAGGAGCUCGGCCUGUACAGCCUCAUGAACAUCACCCGGGGCUCCGUCCGCAUCGAGAAGAACAACGAGCUGUGUUACCUGGCCACCAUCGACUGGUCGCGCAUCCUGGACUCCGUGGAGGACAACUACAUCGUGCUCAACAAAGACGACAACGAGGAGUGUGGGGACAUCUGCCCGGGCACCGCCAAGGGCAAGACCAGCUGCCCAGCCACCGUCAUCAACGGGCAGUUCGUGGAGCGCUGCUGGACACACAGCCACUGCCAGAAAGGUGAGCGCGGCGCAGGGGCAGCCGGUGCCCCGCCUCGUCGCCGGCUGCCUCUGGAGCGCCACGAGCCCGCGCGGCCGGACUUCGUGUCGGGACGUUGCUCUUUGCCGGGAGCAGCACACCCACACGUGUCCGCCGAGGGAGCCGUGGCUGGCAGCAGUGGCAGCGUGCCCGUUGGAAACGGGAGUCGGAGGACGACCCUGGGCUUCUCCGCGGCCUGUGCCCGCGAGCCCCGGCAGCGGAGGCAGGGCGGCUGGGCAGCCGAGCUCAACAAUGACGCUAUUGUGGCUGCGUCUGAGCAAGACGGGGAACAAGGAAGGGCCAGGGCCGGCCGCGGGCCGGACCCAGCGUGUCCUCUCGAGCGCGGGUGCCCGGGAGUGAGGAGUGCUCCCGCCCUGCGGGAAAGCGGGCGCCGCGUGCUGGUCAGCCUGAGCAGAAGCGCGGUGCGGGUAGAGGGAAGCACUGGCCAGGAGCCAGAGAGCAAACACUUCCGCGCCCAGGGCCAGAUGGCCUCCGCCACGGCUGCCCCGCUCUGCCCUCACCGCCGGGCAGCCGUGGCGUGCUGGGUCCCGGCGGGGCGGAGUGUCACCUGUCGCAAGCCCGGCGCCUGUGGAGACACCGCAGAGCACCCCAACACGUGGUCAUUUUGUGUCUCCGCCGGGGCGCUCGCACUCCUGGAGGGUCGGCAGGAGGCUGCAAGGUGGCUCCCAGCGGCCGGAUCCCGUGUCCUGCUGGACCCGGAGGACCGUGUCAGCCAGGACCUGGCCUCCGAGGUCCUGGACGGAGGGGGCCUGCUGGGUCGUAGCUGGCAGGCAUGCCUGAUGUGCACCCCGUGCCUGGGCCCGUGCCCCAAAGUCUGCCACAUCCUGGAGGGCGAGAAGACCAUCGACUCGGUGACCUCCGCCCAGGAGCUGCGCGGCUGCACCGUCAUCAACGGGAGCCUGGUCAUCAACAUCCGGGGGGGCACCCGGCUCUGA